UGGGGAGCCCGUCCUGCUGCGGAGUGUGAACCGCCCGCUGGAUGUGGCAGGCGGGGCAGACCGCGCGUUUUCCAUCUGUCUUACGAGCUACAGAGGUGUGAGCAGGUGUGACCGCUGCCACCGAGCUCAAGAGGGCAGAAACAAAAAUGAAGAGAAGCAUAUUUAUCUUGGGCUUUGCCGUCUUGUGUCAAGUCGCCUCCUGCGCUCAAGGGAAAUACGCCCAGAUGCUGUUUCAUGAUCUGCUGGAGAAUUACUCUAACGCCCUGAGGCCGGUGGAAGACACAGACAAAGCCCUGAAUGUUACCCUGCAGAUCACCCUUUCGCAAAUUAAAGACAUGGAUGAGAGGAAUCAGAUCCUGACAGCCUACCUGUGGAUCAGACAGACCUGGUACGAUGCCUACCUCAAGUGGGACAAGGAGGCCUACGAUGGCCUGGACGCAAUCCGAAUUCCCAGCAAUCUGGUCUGGAGACCCGACAUCGUGCUUUACAAUAAGGCCGACGACGACUUCUCAGGCCCCGUGGACACGAACGUGGUCCUGAGGUCCAACGGGGAGAUCACCUGGGACUCCCCCGCCAUCACCAAGAGCUCCUGCGUGGUGGACGUCUCCUACUUCCCCUUUGAUGACCAGCAGUGCAACCUGACCUUCGGCUCCUGGACCUACAACGGCAACCAGGUCGACAUCACCAUGGGCAUGGACAGCGGGGAUCUGUCCGACUUCGUGGAGAACGUGGAGUGGGAGUGCCACGGCAUGCCGGCCACCAGGAACGUCAUCAUGUACGGCUGCUGCUCCGACCCCUACCCCGACAUCACCUACACCCUGCUGCUCAAGAGGCGCUCCUCCUUCUACAUCUUCAACCUGCUCAUCCCCUGCGUCAUGAUCUCCUUCCUGGCCCCGCUGGGCUUCUACCUGCCCGCCGACUCGGGGGAGAAGGUGUCCCUGGGCGUCACUGUGCUCUUGGCCCUCACCGUCUUCCAGCUGAUGGUGGCCGAGAGUAUGCCGCCCUCGGAGAACGUGCCCCUGAUUGGCAAGUAUUACAUUGCGACCAUGACCAUGAUCACCGCCUCCACGGCCCUGACCAUUUUCAUCAUGAACAUCCACCACUGCGGGGCGGAGGCCAAGCCCGUGCCCAAGUGGGCGAAGGUGGUCAUCAUCGACUACAUGUCCAAGAUCUUCUUCGUCUACGAGGUGGGCGAGAACUGCACGACCCCGCAGGGGGAGAAGAGCCGGGACGUCCGGGUGCCGGCGGAGGAGCAGGCCGCCGCCGGGAAGGGCAGAAAGCCGCCGGGAAGAAAGACGCAGUCGGGCACCUCCAGGGGUUGCCAGAGCAAUUACGAGCGCUGCGCCGGGGAGGAGCCGAACGGCAACGUGAACGGGUGUCCGAAAGAGGACCUGGGCUGCCCGGGAAAGGCCCAGGCCCAGGCCCAGGCCCAGGCCCAGGCCUGCGCCUGUGGUCGCCACGGCACCGUCGUCAAGAACAUCGAGUACAUCGCCAACUGCUUCCGAGAGCAGAGGGCGACGUGCGCGAAGGGCGCCGAGUGGAAAAAAGUGGCGAAGGUCAUGGACAGGUUCUUCAUGUGGGUCUUCUUCAUCAUGGUCUUCCUCAUGAGCAUCCUCAUCAUCGGCAAGGCCACCUGACCCGCCCAGGUAGUCGUCGGCAGCCGGCACACGUCAACCAAGUCCGUUUUUUUUUUGGGGGGGGGGGACAACCCGCUUUUCGUUUGGAGCCAGGCCACGGGGAAACGAAGUGAGCAGCUGCUACUUUCAGCCGCAGACUUUGUCAUUUCGACUGGUUAAGGAAGCACCCUAACAAAGUUUACAGACCAGCUCCUAGCUGGUUUACUAUGUUUUUUUGGCAUCAUCACACCUCUUUUUGCUUUCUGGUGUUUUUCACAUGGUUUCACUUUUGAUUUUUUUACAGUACACUCCCCGUUUUCAUGCCCCAUUCAUGUAAGAGGGUUUACAUACAAACUUCCUGCCUAUUCUCUCAGAAAAGGAUAGGGCAAUUUGCUCUACUAGUUUCAGGGAACAGCCAUUGUCAUUUUCAGGAUCUUUUUACCAAAACACUACGGUUCCUAUUGAUAUGCCUAAAAAGUCUCUUGUUUUAAAGAUUCUGCUUUACGUUACCUCUCUCUGUGCUUACACUUAAUGCGUGGUUUAUUAAUGUGCUUACAGUAUUUCUUACUGCUGUUCUUAUGUAGGUACUGACAUACAGUAUAUCCAGUAUAGGCAAUAUGAUGCAAUUAAUUGGUUUUCUUACAGAAUUAAGUCUUUACAAAAUAAUUUGUAGUGGAAUGACUAUAAUUUGUGUUUUUUACAUUAUAACACUAUACUGAUGUACAUUUUAUGAAAAGUACUGUAUAUGCAGGACUGCAAUUAAGAAGGUUUCCAUUCCAGAUAUGCAUGGUAUAUUUGCAGGUGUCCAGAGAGUUUAUUAAGCUUCUGUUCUGUAUAAAGUUCUGUAUCUGCUUUGCCAUGAUGCUUUUCUAAUAUUUUCUUUGCUUUUACCAUGAAUAUACCACACGCUGAAAAGUUGCUUUAAAAGGCUAGACAGCAUUUACACAGCUUUAACUCUAUGCAGUGGAUUAAACCUUCCUGUGUCUGCAGUCCCCCUGUUAUUUGAGUUCAAGACAGUGGCAAUAAGCAGGCAUAUCUUGUUUAGCUGGGGAAACCAGAGCUUCUCUGCUACCGAGGUUGCUUGAAGGUCAGAGCUCACAAUAUUUUCUAUUCAAAAUGAUGCAGUGAAUUUUUCAUGAACAGCUUUGUUUCCACCAGGUGUAAGAUGUAAGUCAAUCUGCAUCUACUGGAAAUGCACAUAAAUAAUGCACUUAAUGAUAUCGACAGUAUGGUGUUUAACAAAAGCCAAUAAGUACUCAUUGCAUCCUUGGUAAGCCUUUUUAACUUAGUUGUUAUACAGGUUAAUAUCUUGCCAAAUAUCAGGACUUUGAGCAAUAAAUUCUGCCGUGA